CUUUUUUUUUCAGCGCCCUGUAAUUCGUUGAGUAGUCCAGGCUUCGAGUUUUCUUUCAGCCGGUUUGACCUGGUUUUAAUUAGUGUUGCAGCCACCGCGCGCAUGAUUCCAAGAGAUCCUUUCCUUGAUCACAUCUUCAUCAUAGGGCUGUCCUUUCCCACUACUGUUUUUUAGCCGGUCAAUUAUGGACAACUCAACGCGGAUUGGAGAGAUAUAUGCUCCACACACGAACUUUCUUCUCGUCAAACAUUCAUAAACUUCAUUCACAAGAAAUCCAGAGAGUACUCUAAUAUCUGCCUUUUUCACAUGCCAAUCCUGUUGCUAUCGUACAAGCCUGUUCAUUAAUAACGAGUACUCUAAUAUCUGUCUUUUCCCUGGAAAAAAAAAGAGAACUGCAGAACUGACCAACCAGGCUCUCUCCAUAGGAAGAAAAUUGGCACAUCAUUUGUCCUGUCCUACUAGCUAUCGAUCAUCCAUAUGCAUGCAUAUAACAAGCAAGUCACGGGCAGAUAAAUUAGAAAUCCAAUCAUAAAAGUUGUCUUCUGCAGAGAUGCAAUUCCUUUUUUUUAAUAUAUAUCCAAAAGUAUAUCGACUGUAGGAUAUGGCGUGGUCAGUUCAGUUCGUAGUGGCCAUCGGUCGUCCAUCCAUCCAUCCAAAAAGGACACACAUCUUCGAGAGAAGAAUUCAAGUCCGCACAGUGCACACGGUCAUUUUAUGGCAAGUAGUACUACACCUACUGUGAAUGAAAAAUUGAUAUACUGCGCCAUCCAUCAGCUCAGCUAGAAUUGUUUUUUAUUUCCCCUAGAAACCAAUAGGACCAUGCAGGCUCGGCACGUUUCUGAAGCGAACAUGAUGCAUGGUCCGUCGCAUCGCAUCGCAUCGGUCAUGGGGGCUUGGACAGGGCGUACUACGUACGUCCAGGAGUGCAACGCAAGCACGGUCGUCAUGCGUGAGCGUGAUGAUCCGGUUCUAGAAGCGGACGGGCGAGGGACGGGGUGACCUGUCACCAAUGCAAGUUUACAUGGCGCUGAUUAAUAUGGGCGUUAGAUAGAGGGUGGGAGGCGGCUUGACGUCGUCAACCGCUCCCUGCCCAAGCCGCCUUGUCCGCAACCGCAAGUUGACUUCCACCCGGCUGCUUAAGGCUAGGCUACGUACGAAUGAAUAGAUGUUUAUUGCUGAGCUCAGCGUAACAACAGAAGAUUUGUGCGUGGUUUACCAUAUGGAUUAGGAGCAGGCGAGGCGAGGCGAGCAGCUCCCUGACAAGAUUCUCUACUGAUAGAAUAAUAGGGCCACGACAUUAUACACGUCUAUUUGUUUUAGCGUGUGAUCGCGAGCCUCGCUUGCCGUGAUCUCGAAUUCAAAAAAAUGCUGGAAAAGGAGUACGUGUGGCACGGGAAUAAGUCAGCAAGCCAGAGACCCUAUCUUCGUAGUACAUGUAACUGCCGUGCAAGUCAUGCAAAAUCUCCCCUAUAUAUAUACUCCUUGUUUUUUCCACCUCCUUUUUUUUCCUCCCAAACGGUUUAAGGAUUAAUUAAAACGUACUAGAGCUGUUUGAAAUACGACGAUUAAAACGUACCAGAACCAACCGAUGAAAAAGGAAACAUAGGCUACCACUUCGCUCCGCUGAUUAAGAUGUUUGCAUCUAAAACGUGUAUCCUAUUUUCCACGCACUAUACAUUCACGAAUUAAAAGUCUGCGCAAUAGCGGCUAUAGACAGUGCCUUGCAACUGCAAGCUUAAGCACGAAGGGAAGCUUUUCUUGAUUCGUGAAUAGGAUGUGGAGCCCCUUUUUUUCAGCCGGGAAAGAUUACUAAAGAGCGACGAAAAAGCAAGCAUCACCCAUCCGAUCCGCCUUUCGGGUCGGAAGCUUCAAGAUCUCCGCCCACGAAGCGAGAGCCGGCCGGCCGGCACCGGCGCCCCAAGGUUCCAAACUGCCGGAAACAAGGAUAGUUUAGUGGCCGCGAAAGCGAAACCCCUCGCCGCAUGGGCCACGGAACGCCGCCCGCUCCCGUCCAUCCUGCUGCGCUCUGUGCUCCUCCUCAUCCAUAUAUGUGCGACAGCCUAAUUUCUCCGUGAUUUGCUAGGAUGAUUAGCAACGAAAACGGGUCAAAGAAAUCAAAACAAGUCCCGGCGUUAGCCCCAUCCGCUUGUCGAUUUUUCUCUGUCCUCUCCUGUCAAGUGGAGCGGAGUGCUGAGAGGGAGCCACAGAAACUUCCACGAGGAAUGCAGUCAGCCAAGGAGGGGCAGCGUUGCCAAAUCUUCCUCCGCUAAUUUAGUAUUCUCAUCAGGCUCCGCUUAAUUACUUCUCUGCGGCAGAUUCCUUGCCAGGCUUCAUUCAAAUAACGCAAACCCAAUGCUGGCUGGCAAAGUCUUCGAGCUCCCCUUCUCUCUGUGUCAUAUCAUACAAACGGUGCCGUCGCCCCGUCGUCCUCAUCAAGUUCCCCUGCCCAAAACCACACUUCUCCCUUCCUUUCCGUCCGCGCUUCGCUUCCUCCUCCCCGGCCUGCGGGAGCUGGAGUAACCGCGCUUGCUGAGUCCAAUCUUUAAUGCGGUACUCACCCUAGUUACUCCCAGGCGUCCACCUCGCCCAACCACCUGCGCCUCCUCCACCUCGCUUGCUUUUGUUGCCUGCCAAAACCCAACUCGUCCUCCGCUAGGCUCUGCUCGUUUCCCUCCCUUCCCCCCCUCCCUCCCCUGUUCUCUCGCCCGAACACGGCGACCGUCGCUCCAAAACACGACCUUCACGCGCGCGCCGGGAGCGGCAUGCCCGGGAACGCGGGAGCUGAGGGUCCGUGCCUCCCGGUCGUCUGACGCCGCGCCGGUCAUCGCCCACGCCUCCUCGCCCGGCCAUGGCCGAGGACCACGGGUCGUCGCGCCACAUGUCGGCGUCGCAGAAGGAGCUGGGCGACGAGGACGCCCGCGUGGUGCGCGUGGCCGACGCCGCGCGCACCAACGAGCGCCUCGACCUCGCGGGCAACGCCGUGCGCACCGCCAAGUACUCGCCGCUCACCUUCCUGCCGCGGAACCUCUUCGAGCAGUUCCACCGCCUCGCCUACGUCUACUUCCUCGCCAUCGCCGUGCUCAACCAGCUGCCCCAGCUCGCCGUCUUCGGGCGGGGCGCCUCCGUCAUGCCGCUCGCCUUCGUCCUCCUCGUCACCGCCGUCAAGGACGCGUACGAGGACUGGAGACGCCACCGCUCCGACCGCGCCGAGAACGGCCGCCUCGCCGCGGUCCUCUCCCCGGCCGCCCCCGGGGGCGCCCAGUUCGUCCCGACCGAGUGGAAGCACGUUCGAGUCGGCGACGUCGUGCGCGUCGUGUCCGACGAGUCGCUCCCGGCGGACAUGGUCCUCCUCGCCACCAGCGAGCCCACUGGCGUCGCUUACGUGCAGACGCUGAACCUUGACGGCGAGUCCAACCUCAAGACCCGCUACGCCAAGCAGGAGACGCUGUCCACGCCGCCCGAGCGCCUCGCCGGGGCCGUCAUCCGCAGCGAGCGCCCAAACCGCAACAUCUACGGCUUCCAGGCCAACCUCGAGCUCGAAGGGGAGAGCCGCCGGAUACCGCUCGGUCCGUCCAACAUCGUGCUGCGCGGCUGCGAGCUCAAGAACACGCCCUGGGCCGUCGGCGUGGUGGUUUACGCGGGGCGGGAGACCAAGGCCAUGCUCAACAACGCCGGCGCGCCCAAGAAGCGCAGCCGCCUGGAGACGCACAUGAACCGCGAGACGCUCUUCCUCUCUGCCAUCCUCGUCGUGCUCUGCUCGAUCGUCGCCGCGCUCUCCGGCGUCUGGCUGCGCACCCACGAGGAGGAGCUCGAGCUCGCGCAGUUCUUCCACAAGAAGGACUACCUGCACCGCGACAAGGACAAUGACUACAAGAACUACAACUACUACGGCAUCGCGGCCCAAAUCGUGUUCAUCUUCCUCAUGGCGGUCAUCGUGUUCCAGAUCAUGAUACCCAUCUCGCUCUACAUUUCCAUGGAGCUCGUCAGGCUGGGACAGGCCUACUUCAUGAUCCGAGACACGAGGCUGUACGACGAGUCCUCCAAUUCGAGGUUCCAGUGCCGGGCCCUCAACAUCAACGAGGACCUAGGCCAGAUUAAGUGCAUAUUCUCCGACAAGACCGGCACGCUCACGCAGAAUAAGAUGGAGUUCCGGUGCGCGAGCAUUGACGGAAUCGAUUACAGUGACAUCGCACGGCAGCGGCCUCCUGAAAAGGGCGAUCGGAUUUGGGCGCCAAAAAUAUCGGUGAACACCGAUCCGGAGCUGGUGAAGUUGAUCAGGGAUGGGGGCGAUACCGAGCGAGGGACGCAGACUCGGGAGUUCUUUCUCGCCCUGGCAUGUUGCAACACCAUUGUUCCCAUGAUCGCCGAUGGUCCGGACCCUAAGGAGAAGGUGAUCGACUACCAAGGCGAGUCACCGGAUGAGCAGGCAUUGGUCUCUGCCGCUGCGGCAUAUGGCUUUGUGCUAGUCGAACGAACAUCGGGCCACAUUGUGAUCGACGUCCUUGGUGAGAAGCUCAGAUAUGAUGUCCUUGGUCUUCAUGAGUUUGACAGCGAUCGCAAGAGGAUGUCUGUCAUAAUUGGCUGCCCUGAUAAGUCUGUCAAGCUGUUUGUAAAAGGCGCUGACAGUUCGAUGUUUGGAGUCAUCGACAAAACUGCGAAUUCAGAUGUUGUCCAAGCAACAGAGAAGCAUCUCCAUUCAUAUUCAUCAUUAGGUCUGCGAACACUUGUCAUUGGUAUGCGGGAACUUAGCCAAGAAGAGUUUCAGGAGUGGCAAAUGGCUUAUGAAAAGGCUAGCACGGCACUACUAGGAAGAGGAAACCAACUCCGCAACGUGGCUGCCAACAUCGAGAGAAACUUGCGUCUAUUGGGUGCCACUGGAAUUGAUGACAAGCUGCAGGAUGGUGUACCCGAAGCAAUUGAGAAACUGAGGGAAGCAGGGAUUAAGGUUUGGGUGCUAACAGGUGACAAGCAAGAAACUGCUAUCUCCAUCGGCUAUUCCUGCAAGCUUUUGACAAGAGACAUGACACAGAUUGUAAUUAACAGUCGCUCAAGAGAAUCAUGCAGGAAGAGUCUAGAAGAUGCAAUCGCCAUGGUUAACAAAUACCAAUCGUUCUCGACAGACCCCCAACUUAGGGUGCCCCUUGCUUUGAUUAUUGAUGGUAACAGCCUUGUCUACAUUUUCGAUACGGAUUGGGAGGAGAAGCUUUUUGAAAUCGCUAUAGCCUGCGAUGUCGUCCUAUGCUGUCGGGUAGCUCCCCUUCAGAAGGCUGGUAUUGUUGAUCUCAUUAAGAAGCGAACAAGUGACAUGACUUUAGCUAUUGGAGAUGGUGCAAAUGAUGUAUCCAUGAUUCAAAUGGCUGACGUUGGCAUCGGCAUCAGUGGGCAAGAGGGAAGGCAAGCUGUUAUGGCCUCAGAUUUUGCCAUGGGUCAAUUCAGAUUUUUGGUUCCUCUGUUGUUGGUUCAUGGCCAUUGGAAUUACCAGAGGAUGGCCUACAUGAUCCUAUAUAACUUCUACAGAAAUGCUACUUUUGUCUUUGUGCUAUUCUGGUAUGUACUUUACACUGGUUUCACCCUAACAACAGCGAUAACUGAGUGGAGCAGCGUGCUAUACUCUGUGAUAUAUACUGCUGUCCCUACUAUUGUCGUCGCCAUUCUCGACAAGGAUCUCAGCCGGCGGACAUUGCUGAAGUAUCCCCAACUCUAUGGCCCAGGGCAGCGUGAUGAGAACUACAACCUGAGGCUAUUCAUAUUCAUCAUGAUAGACUCCGUCUGGCAGAGCCUUGCAUGUUUCUUCAUCCCCUACCUUGCAUACAGGAAGAGUAUAAUUGAUGGUUCCAGCCUUGGAGACCUAUGGACACUAUCCGUUGUUAUUCUUGUCAAUAUUCACCUGGCAAUGGAUGUCAUCAGAUGGAACUGGAUUACGCAUGCGGCAAUAUGGGGUAGCAUUGCUGCGACAUGGAUUUGUGUCAUGAUCAUAGAUUCCAUACCAAUCAUGCCUGGUUUUUGGGCAAUCUACAAAGUGAUGGGAACUGGGCUGUUCUGGGCACUGCUGCUUGCGGUAACUGUUGUUGGGAUGAUUCCUCAUUUUGCCGCAAAGGCCUUCAGUGAGUAUUUCAUCCCCAGUGACAUUCAGAUUGCAAGAGAAAUGGAGAAGUCGCAAGAUUUCCAUGAUGUAACUCAUCCAGAAGUUCAAAUGAGUACAGUGAGUAGAGCUUAGGGUAGGGGGUUACACAGUGAUCUUUUGUUCAUUCGAGUAGGAUAUAGCUCUACACUUUCUUUGGUUCUUUUUGUUGUGUGUACAGGCAAUUCUUUCAGCAGUGUGCAAGCUUUCUUGAUGCUUGCUCCCUUGCCAACUAUCCAAAGGAUAGGCCCCUUGUACCAUUCUGUGUAUCCACCAGCCAAAUUUUGUUGAUUUACAUGAAAGGAGAUCAUACAGGAGCUAUUAUUAUAUUA